AUGAGAGUUGGUUUAAUAGUCUCUUUUCAUGUACUAGGGAAAGAAGAAGAAAGGAACAGAAAAUGCUUUCCUGCUAACUGUAUUCACUUGUUGCAGUUACUUCCCAUUCAUGCUUAUGUAUGGAUCAUACAUAUGGCUUCAGACCUUGUUAGUUAUGCUACGAGUGAAAAACUCACUGAAAUGGACUGGACAAAAAACAUUGAGAUUUGUGAAAUAGUCGCGCGCGAUCAUGGACAAGCUAAAGAUGUUGUGAAAGCUAUUAAAAAACGUCUAGCAAGCAAAAGCUCGAACACUCAGCUCUUUGCUGUAAUGUUGCUGGAGAUGUUGAUGAAUAAUAUUGGGGAUCCAGUGCAUAAGCAAGUUAUAGAUGCAGGAGUUUUACCCAUACUUGUGAAAAUAGUCAAGAAAAAGUCGGACCUUCCUGUUCGUGAAAAGAUUUUUCUGCUCUUAGAUGCGGCUCAAACAUCAGUAGGUGGAGCUUCUGGGAGGUUUCCUCAAUAUUAUUCUGCAUAUUAUGAAUUGGUGAAUGCAGGAGUGCAAUUCCCUCAGAGGCCUCAUGACAUCCCAAACCCUCAGCUCACAGUAAACGAGAGUCAGCAUCGUGCACCUGACAAGAAACCUUCUGCUCCUCAGAAUGAAAGAAAUGUGCCAAAAGCACAGACCCAGGUUACUUCUGACUCAAGUAUUCUUCAGAAAGCUGGAACUGCCUUGGAGGUAUUGAGGGAUGUGCUGAAUACCAUCGAUACCCAACACCCUGAGCGUGCAAAGGAUGAGUUCACGUUAGAUCUUGUGGAACAAUGCUCAUUUCAAAAGCAGCGAGUAAUGCAUCUGGCAGUAACUUCACGGGAUGAGAAACUCGUUUUACGAGCGAUUGAGCUUAACGAGCAGCUUGACAUGGUUUUACGGAGGCAUGAUGCUCUUGUAGCUAGUAGAACAAUGGCAGUUGCAGAUCACGUUGACCAAGUACAGGAAGAGGAGGAAGAGGAACAACUUUUCCGACGGAUACGAAAAGGAAAAGCUUGUAUAAGACCCGAAGAUGAAGAGCGCCCAAUAGAUCGACCUCUGGGGUUAAUGGGACAAAUGGCUCAUCGCCCACUCAUACGGCCACUUACAGUCGAGCGUCAGCAGGAAGCCAAUCGACCCACAAAUAUAGAGGCCAAGCAUGAAACUGUUAGGCCUUUACAUGACUCAGAAAUCAAUCUAACGGGUAAACUGGCAGUGUCAAUUCCACCGCCACCUGCCAAACAUGUCGAGAGGGAGAAAUUCUUCCAGGAGAACAAAUUUGCUGAUGGAUGCUAUUCGCAGUCCUUUUUAUGGCUGGGAAUGAGUUAUCAGAGGUCAAGGCUGUUUGAUGCUGUGGGAUUUGCACUUUCUAUCUUGAAGUUAACUUUAAGUAACCGGCAGCACUGCCCCGACCUCCACGUGGGCUCCGGUAGACCUCCACCCUGGCCUCCACCACAACCAUCGGUCAGCCUCGCGCCAUCACCGACAACCACCUCCUAUGCCGUCGCCGCCAGUGCCACCACCGCGACAGUCUUCUCCGCCGCCUGCACAAGCAGCAGACACGCAGUUACUUCACAGAGAUAUGUCUGUCGAAUUCCUCUCUCCGUCCGACCCGAACGCUCCACUGUUGUCCAUUCGGCGUCCAAAGUUCCAGCUCGUCAGGCUGCUACAAAAUAG